AUGAACAAUCGCCCAGUAGAACAAGCGUUGGGAAACCUGGUCCCAACCCAUGCCAGCGAUCUGCCCCAAGAGCUUUUCAGCUUAGCGCUGAGUCUUGUUGCACAAUCCCGAAGCUUCUCCAGCAGUUUAAAGCCCGAAGAAGAAAUCGCGCGACCAUACGCCUGUGCAGAGAUCGCUUGCAGAAGACUUACUCGAGCGCUGAAACUUCCUCCACUACUUGGCCACCCACCAUGUCCUCCGCGUGUCUACAAGAAGCUAUACUCAUAUCUAGAUCGAUCACUCUCGUCUGGCUCGACAGGCAUCAAACGAUCUGCGAGCGGCUCUGUUGCCGGUGCAUCACCACAUACUGCCUCUGCGCAGAGGACACCAACCAAAGCGUCAGCAGAAGGACAAACCCCUAGGAAAGCUGCUCCUACGCCCCGAGCGCUACAAAACACACCCUCCAAAUCCACUCCCUUGAAAAGAAGUGUGAGCGUGGCUAAACACGGCUCACCCUCGAAGUCAGCACGGAAAUCUACCAACAAUGCGAAUGGGUUGGGUUCUACUAUAAUUCCCGAUGCCCCGGCCUGGGCCAUGACUGCCAUCCGCACAGUUUGCAAGACACUCUCGACUCCAGCACCACGAACAACUACCUGGUCCCGCCCUCCGAUCUCAAGAACUCUACCCCCGCAUAUAUUCGCCGGUGUCUCUUCUAUCCUGUACUUGACGUCCUGCAUGUCCAGCACUGAGGAGGGACUCGAUGAAGAAACGCUGGAAUUUCUAGAACCCAUUGUAUCGAUCUCAAACACCAGCAGCGACGAUGACUUUAAGGAGCUUGUAUUUGCUAUGGUCGUCGGUGUCUAUUUCCUUGUAUUGGCUCGUCGAAGAAAUCCCGCUCCAUCGCCAGAUAGCGAAGAAGUGGAUACCGAGGGUCAGAAGAUGGACAAGAAGACGUUUACCGAGAUGCGCCAAACUGCACUGAUCAGUCUCGGCCUGCCGAAUGACAGACGUCAUCGCGAUAAUGUUGACACUUGGAUUGGCUUGAUCAUGGAGCAAGGGUGGGCAAAUGAGCAGGAGUGGUUUGAAAAUAUCCCACUUGCUGGGGAUUUGGAUGGCGAAGACGAAGAAGGUAACUCAUUUCGUAACCUUGAUGAGGAAGAUGCCGCUUUCCGUGGCGUCAAGCUUCCUAAACGGAAUGAUGGCACGAGUUCGACAAACAAAAAGUCGCGCUCCAAUAACGCUACCCAUGGUGGCCUCUUACCCGGCCUGGGAACUAUGAUGCAAGAUCGAGUUGAUUGGCUCAGCGAGGACCGUUGUGAAGCCUUCCUUGAGUGGAAAACUGAUAUUCUUUCCCGUAUUGAUGGGGGACAGAGUCAGGUAGCGAGUGCAUAA